GUUGGUUCCUCAGGCCCAUACCCGGAGAUACGCCGGGCUUAAGCGCGGACCACCCUCGGAGCGGAUCAUCCACCGCCCCGGUUGAUUUUCUCGAUCUACUUUUUUUUUUCUCUCUUUUCUCCGUCGGAAGUUGGAUCUUGUUCUUGUUCAGUUUCACCACCAUUUACACGACUCCGAUCGAGAACCGCACCAUGGCGACCUCCCAACCCCCCGUCCGGUUCACUUCGCACAAGAAUUUCGUCUGGCGACUGGUGUUUUCCGUCCUGACCGGCCGCACCAUCCAGAUCUCCCAGAUCCGCCCGUCGUCCACCAAUCCCGGUCUGGCCCCGCAUGAGAUUUCUUUCCUCCGUCUGAUCGAGAGCGUGACCAAUGGCUCGCAGAUGGAGAUCUCGUACACCGGUACGAUCCUGGUCUUCAAGCCCGGUCUGAUCACGGGCAGCGCGCCCGGCAAUGGCGCCAGCGGCGGCGUCAUCCACCACCAGCUCCCGCCGAACUGCUCGCGCGGCGUCAGCUACUUCCUCGUCCCUCUCUGCCUUCUCGCUCCGUUCUCCAAGGCGCCCAUCCGAGUCCUCUUCAGCGGUCCCGGCGUCAUCACCUCGUCCACCCCGACGGGCGACAUGUCGGUCGACAGCGUGCGGACCGCCAUCCUCCCGCUCUACAACCAAUUCGGCAUCUUCAACAACAUCGAGCUGCGCGUGCUGCGGCGGUCCAACCCCGGCCCGAACGGCAAGGGCGGUGGCGGCGAGGUGCAGCUGGUCUUUGGGCAUCAGGUCCGUCUCGCGAAGACGCUACACAUGUUGAACGCCGGUCGGAUCAAGCGCAUCCGCGGUGUGGCCUACUCGGUCGGCACGUCGGGAUCCAACAAUGCCCGGAUGAUCGAAACUGCCCGUGGCAUCCUUAACCCGCUGUCGCCGGAUACCUACGUCUUUUCAGACAUGUCGUCCGCGCCGCUCGUCGACGCUCCCGACAAGACCAACGCCGCUGCCAAGAAGAAGAUUGGUCUGGGAUUCGGCCUGUCGCUGGUGGCCGAGUCGUCGACCGGCUGUCUGUACUCGGCGGACGUCGCGUGCCCGCCGUCGGGCGGUCAGCCGCCCGAGGAUAUCGGCAAGCAGUGCGCGUACCAGCUGCUGGAGACCAUCUCCAAGGGCGGGUGUGUGGCACCCGCCGCGGCGCCGACGAUGCUGGGACUCAUGACGAUGGGGACGGAAGAUGUCGGUCGUCUGCAGCUGGGACGAGAGGUGGUGGGCGACGAGAGCGUCAUCCAGUUGGCGCGCGACCUGACCAAGUUUGGGUGUCCCGGCUGGGGUCUUCGCGAUGCCAGCGACGACAACACUACGAGCGACGUCAUCGUCAGUGUGGUCGGGCGCGGGAUUGGCAACGUUGGGCGUAAGGUGGCUUAGUUUGUUACUGGGCGAUGGAAGGAUGGAUGGAUGGAAACCGAUCUACAACUCUCCGGCCCGCGACAGCUCAGCUCAGCCAUCAGGAACCAUCUCUCAUGGGUUGUUUCAUGAGAUUUGAAGGAGGGUCACAGAACUGUUUCAGGUUGUUGAAACACCCACACCACCGUGCACGUGGCAGAUAUCCCUCCAGAAGACCAUGAAGGAAUCGGUCACGCUGGACGAGUAUGACACCACGUCAGU